CAAAUUUUCAGCUAAUAAUGGAAGACGUCACACUAUUCCAGUUCACGUGGAGAAAACCUAUCCGCCUUCAGGGAGAAAUAGUGUAUAAGACGUCGGAGACGCAGACGAUAGAGACAAAUAAAAAAGACGUGGAAUGCGUGGCAAAUUUUCAAGAAAAUAAAGAAGUUCAGACGGAUUCUGUGGAUAAUGGUGUCGGCGAGAAUGUGAAAAAGGAUAUUACAAUUAGCAAAGAGGUUCUGAACCUCCUUUACGAUUUCGUGCGUGACGAUUCUAAGGUGAACUACGACAGGCUUUUGGAAUUUCACAAAUUCGAUAAAGUUGCGCUGGAAACUGUGCAGAAGUACCAUGUGGAAACCCGAAAUGAAAAUAUCAUUCUAAUGAUUUCAAGCUCUUCACGAAAAACGUUAAUUCUGUUCGGCGGUAUCUCUCAUGAAACUUUCUGUUCCCAUCAGGCGAGAGCACUUUUGUGCUCUUCUUCUACGAGCUUCUCGAUUCCUCUACCGGUUUGUGCAAUUUCUGCAGUUUUCUACUCAUCGACCCAAUUUAUUCUCGGCGACGUUUCUGGAAAUAUCUCAAUGUGUUCGAAAGAUAAAAUAAUUUUCGAGAAGAAGAUAACCGACGGAGCAGUAACUUGCCUAGAAAUGUGUCGUCACGGGCUCUUAUCAGGCUCCGACGAUGGUAAUAUAAUUUUAUGGCAAAUCGGAACAUCAGGACUCGAAAAACUCGGCGGGACAAAGCUCACAGUGUCGGAUCUGUCGCGAAAAAUUCGAAGAUCUUCGACUUCUAAUAAGCCUGUCGCAAUUGUUAGCAUGCAAGUAAGCGGCGAAGAAGCGUGUGUGGCAACCGAGACGGGUGGUCUUUACCUAUUAACUCUACCAACAUUGGACUACAAACCGCUCAGCCACCAAACUGCCACGUCAAUCAAUAAAAUAUUAUUUGAAAAUCAAUUCGUGGCAGUCAUUUAUCAUACGUCAAAUGCUGCAGUAUUCAAUUCUGAAGGACUUGUCGAUGAGAUUCCAUUUGUUGCCACGUUGGCUGUCAGAUGUGGUCCAUACUUCAUUUUCUCCGAUCGCCACCGCCUCCUCAUUUGGUCCCAGAAUACGCGUUCCCGGGUGAUCGACGAAAACGGGGCGUGCCAUGCGAUUUGUGCAUUGUCAAAUGACACUUUGCAGUUGCUGGAUGUGGAUUUCAAUUUGGUCUCAAAUUUUUUGAAUGAUAAAUUAUAAAAGAGUUUAUUUCUUUGGCCAAGCAUUUUGUUGGAAAUAAAGAGAAAAAAA